UGUUUAAUUUCUAAUGUAUUGUUCUGUAAUUGUAGAACACAUAUAAUUUGGUAGGGGGUAAUAUACCGAGUAUGAAUCCCAAAGCGGACAUUAAAGUAGCAGUGGCAGCUGUUGUAGCUGGAGACAAAUCCUUCUUCUUCCAGUGUAGUUUCCUGGGUUAUCAAGACACUCUCAUUGCUGCGAUGGGACGCCAUUACUAUAAAGAUUGCUACAUUCAAGGUGAGGUGGACUUCAUUGCUGGUGCCGGGCAAUCUUAUUUUGAGGAUUGCAAAAUCAAUGUCACACAUGGACAGGGUUAUGUUCCUGGUUUUAUCACAGCUCAAUCCAGGGCUUCACCAAAUGACCCAAAUGGUUUUGUUUUUGAGGGAGGUUCGGUUGAUGGGACUGGUAAGGUGAAUCUAGGAAGAGCAUGGGGCCCUUGCUCGAGAGUUAUAUUUCAUAAAACGUACCUUUCUUCAGUGGUGACCCGAAAAGGAUGGAGCUUUUGGAACUUUCCUGGUCAAGUGGAUAAGAUUACCUAUGCAGAAGUUGACUGUACAGGACCUGGGGCUAAUAGUCCCCUCCGUGUCACGUGGGAGAAGAAUAUAACUGCUUCAGAACUACAAGAAUAUUCCAAAUCAUCUUUCAUUGAUGAAGAUGGAUGGCUUGCCAACAUUCCAAUUAAGUACUAGUAAUUUUCUCAGUAUUGCUGUGGAAUCUGAGACAAUGACUGAUCAAUGCUAUCGAUAGAAUGACUCCUCAAACUUCAUACUUAAGACUAGUGAUUGAUGAGAUCAAGAGCGUAGCUUCUUUUUUGUACUUCUAUUUUUUCACAUACAAAUAAUUAAGGAGUCUAAUAUGUUAGAUGAUGUUUACAAAUUUAACCAUUUCAUAUGAUUUCCAUGGUGGA